AUGGAGUCAUGUCAUAGAGUCAUAGAGUCAUUCGGUGGAGAGCCGGAAGAUCAACCGGAUCUCGAACAACGGCAACUCAACCCCACCGACCGCGAGCUCAACGACGGGAUACCCUGCUGGAUGGACCUCAUGGUCGCACCCCUGGCCCACAUGUUCUGCUACACCGUCAACCUGCAGAGCCUGUGCAACUACUACAGGUUCGAUUACGCGAGGAGGAGCGUAGACACCAUCGCCACACUGGUGAACGACAACCUCUACAACCUCAUGCUGGGCUACGCAUCGAUCGAGAGCGCCAACGAGCCCCAGGGCUGGUACGCCUACGACCUCCAGCCCGGGGUGGCUAGCUUCUUCUACCCGCACACGACCCUGUACGCCUUCAGCGACGCCUCGCAGAUCGAGAUCCCGAUGAAGUGGUGGGUGCAGUGCAUCCUGCUGCACGACACGGUGGACGUUACGGGGUUCACGGCGGGGAGCCUCGACGUCAUCCUCUGCGUGGAUCUUCCUCGAUAA